CUAUAAAAGUGGCAAAUUUACUACCGUUUAAACCAUUAGAACAGUAGCAUAUUACAGAAAACAAACACCAAUCCAAGUAAAGUUUUUCUUUUCUCAACUGAAUCCCAAACAAACAAUACGACAAAACACAAAAAAAAAAGUAUCGAAAGAAAUAAAAAAGCAACAAAAACAAAACUUGCAUGGUUAUUGGAAAAAAGGAUAGGUGAGGUGGGCCGCGCGUGGGCCUUAUUAUGUUACUAAAAUAAACCUCAAAAAACAAAGUUAAAACGCUACAACACCUUUUUUCCCGUCUCCUUCUUAUCUUUAAAAGUAAAAAAAGAAAGAAAAAAAACUCUCUCCACUGACAUUAGAAAAGACUGUUCAUCGUCGUCUCCCCCAAGAAGAACAAAUGAAAAUGAAGAAGAAAGGUAAAGUUUACCCCUCUCCUCCUCCUUCUACUCAACCACCACCACCAACACCAUCGUCUUCCUCUUCAUCUCACUACCUCAACGAAGACCACUCUCUCUCCGUCCUGAGGCUUCUCCCAGCGACGAUUCUGGUGCUAGUCACGGUUCUCUCAGCUGAAGACAGAGAAGUCCUCGCUUACUUGAUCACAAGAGGAACCGCCACCAUCUCCGCCGACUCCAACAAGAAGAAGGCCGCGACGAAGAAGAAGAAGAACAAAUCUAGCAGAAACCACAAGCCUCCUGUCUUCGACUGCGAGUGUUUCGACUGCUACACUAGCUACUGGCUCCGAUGGGACUCCUCUCCGAACCGCGAGCUCAUCCACGACAUCAUCGAGGCGUUCGAGAAUCACCAUCUCGCUACCGGCGGCGAAGAUUCGGCGGCUUCGAGGAACAAAUCCAAGAGAGGUAAGAAGAAAGAGAAACCGGGUCGUCGGGUCGUGGAGCCUGAGCCGGUUAUUGAAGCUGCUGUUUUGGAGAGCCACGUGUCGUCUCCUGAUAACUCGCCGGGGAGAUUGAGUGGAGCUGAGGUUGCGGAGCGAGUGGAGGAGGAGGAGGUUGUUAGAGAAGAAGAAGAAGAAGCGACGGUGGUUUUGCCGGCGGCGGCUGCGAGUGUGCACAAGGGAUUAGCGAGGAAGGUACUACCGGACGUGUUGGGUCUGUUCAAUUCCAGUUUUUGGAGGCUUUGGAAUCCGAACGCGUAAAAAAAGCAUCAUCGAUCAAAAAGUUUUAUGCUUUUUUUUUGUUUUUCUCUGUUGCUGUUUUCUGAUAAAUAAUCAAAUCUUCAUGCUUUUGUUCUAUCAAUCACUACUUGGCUAUGUGUAAUUGGUUUGAUAAAAAUGCAGUCUUUAGCUCUC